UGGAGGGGGAACAGGGGAGGAAAUGUUCCUUUUUCUCCUUUCAUACUGAAGCCUAUUCAAAAAGGGAGACAUUUUAAAUGGAGAAAAACAUCUGAUGAAGAACGAAGUGAGGGUGGAUGAUGAGUGAGAGGAGAAAGUUUUGAGAGGAAAAUGCAGAGAGGAAGCAGAGCCAGGAACGGAGCUGAGGACUAUGUAGGAAUUCCUGACUGAAGUCAUGGGUUCGGAGGCAAUGGAGGACUGCGUGCAGGGAGCCCUCUCAUCCCUUUAUCCGCCUUUUGAGAGCACGGCACCACCCCUCCUCUCUCAGGUCUUUUCAGUCCUGGAGUCGACCUAUCAACACGACAGUCUGCGCUACCUCCUGGACUAUUUCGUACCCGCCAAACAUCUCCUGCACAAACUUCAGCAGCAUGCCUGUUCUCAGUAUUUGGGAUGCUUGUUCCUCCACUCCGGCUGGCCCCUCUGUCUGGGCGAGAAAGUGGUCGUUCAGCUCUCCACCUUGGACUGGAGGCUUCUGCGCAGUAAUGACUUCUACCUGCAGGUGGUGCCCUUUUCUACACGCUGCCCAAGACUGGCCUUGAAAUGUCUGGCCCCUGGGGGUCGAACCGUACAAGAAAUCUUGGUCCCUGAGUCACAGCAUCCCCUGGUGUUCACCUCUGAAUGGCUCCAUUGUAUCAAUAAAGAACGGGGUCACAAGAGAGAAGUUGGAGGAGGACUCGACACCUGUCUGGUCAGUACAUGUGAUGGCGUGGUACGACUGCCGUGGAAGGAAAUUGUCUACCCAAAAUUGCUACAUGACCCUUCUGAAGAGCUUGGCCUGGUUUCUAACCGCCUUUCCAGUGAGGGGGGCGGCAGCCUUGGUGGGUGGGGUGGCUCUUCCUCAGGAGACCUAGACUGGUCUUGGGAUGAGGAAGAGGAUGACAGUCUACUGCCGAACAGCAUGAACUCUAACACUGCCAUCAGACGAAGGUGCAGCGAAGAUGGGCUUGGGCGGACUGCAAGGCAACCUCAGAUGGAUGGGGAUUAUGUGGAGCUUUUGGAGCCCAGAGGAGGACCAGAUGGAGGGGUUGAUCCCAAACAGAGGUACUUAGAGAUGCAUGGGAUUUGUAAGACCAGAACCUUGCCCUUUUGCAGGAGAGGUAAGGCCAUCAAACUUCGCAAAGGAAAAGCUUGGGGUUGUGCAAAAACAGAAAGAUCAGGAAGCUUUCGUGGUGCCUAUAGUACCAAGGAGAAAGAGGUAAAUCGAAAGGAUGAUUUGCUACCAACAAAGCCUCCAAAAACAGUAGAAGGAACUGCGAGAGGAAGGCUGUCUUACGUCUCCUCUUCCCAUGACUCAGAUGAAGGAGAUAAAACAGGCAGACGCAGCAAUAUCCUGGAAUGCCGCAGCCUUUAUGUUGAUGGUCCACUGAAAGAGAGGAGGCCUGGUGUGGGCAAGGAGAGAGACAGCAAUGGCUUCCCCCAACCGUCUAGAGAUGGACACCAAAGUAAAGACUCCCAGAGCAGCGACAGCUUGGUAGUAAAUGAAAUCUAUGACUUAAGUAGUAAAAGUGGCCACGAUGUUGAGGGUCAGUCGGAUCAUGGUUCACAUUCAGACUCUGUGUUUGAGGAUGCAGAUAAACCACUGAGUGGAGACAGUGAUGCUGUUACGCCAACAUCGGAUGCACCAGAGAGGCUAUUUACUAGAGUUUCUGAAAGUAAAGAUACAGUCAACAUUCAGUCUAAAAUGAGGAGGUCAUCUAAACCAAAGAUCCCAGAUGGAAGGGUUGAAGAAGAGACCGAGGACAGAGCGUGUCCCAGAGGAAAAGAAGUUAAAACAGCAGGAUUCAGAGCACCACGGAGGAAAAGGAAGGGAAAGGGUGGCAAAGGAAGGGCUAAGUCUGGUGGCAAAAACCAAAAGGGUGCAAAACUACAGGGUAAAAGUCCCCUACCAAGUCCCACAGCCUGUUCUGCAUCUACAAAGCUGUCAGUCCCAGAGGAAAACCAGACUGAGGAAACAGAAAAGGCUGAUGAACCUGAUGGAGUGCCCACAACUGUUACUAAAGGGAAGGAAAACACAAUGAUUGGCAGCACAGUUGAGACAGAUGAUGGAUUGUUGCCUGUGUGUAAUGACCAGUCUGGCACAUCUUCAUUAAACCACUCGACUGAGGAGGCUGUAUCAUCAGAGACAUGUCCUGACCAAAUAAAUGGGGUUACCACGAAAGAGCCUGCACUUCUAAGGGACCUGGAUGCAGAAUUACUCCAGUCAGGGAAGCUACAGCUGACAGGUACAGUGGACAGAUUGGGACGAGCUCUGGUUUUCACAGAUGCAGAGACAUCACAGGAGGGCAUCUGCUCGGAGGAGAUGACACGGAUUCUUUUUUGUUACCACCACAUCACUCGGCCAGAAGCCAAAGAAAAGGGGCUAACGGUGCUAAUAGACGGCAGACGCUCCCAAGCAUCUACUCCUUGCAUUUCUGCACUUAAACGCUUCCAGGUCUCAGUUCCUGGUGGCCUAGGAUCUGUCUUGGUUUUGGUGGAGGAGGAGCAGCAGGAGUCCUUUCCCUUAUCUUUGGAAGGGGCAGAGAUCCACGUAGUGAGGGGUACAGGAGUUCUUCAGCAAUAUGUGGACCGUCAGCAGCUUCCUAAAGAGCUGGAUGGAGACUUCAGUCACAGUCACUCAGACUGGCUGGCAUUCAGGCUGAGGUUGGAGAAACUGACAGAGCGCUGUGAGAGCGCCCUCUCUCUGCUUGGAGAGGCCCUGCAGUCAAUGGAGAAGGAGGAGAUGCCAAAUGACAUUAAGGCUGUUCCUCAGAGCAUUGACAAACACAGACAGCUCAUGGUGAGUGUGCUGGCUGACCAACGCUUAACUGAGCUGCAGCAGAGGGGCGGAGCCUGGCUAGCAGGACUGACUAACUGUUCAUCUGGACUGGCACAGAGGUCACCUGACUGCAGGGCUGCUCUCGCUGCCACAUCUAAACUCUACGACAGCGUAGACGAUGCCCUCCAUCAGCUCGUUCGGGUUUCCAACCGGAGAGGUUGUGAUCUGGAAGCACUGGGACGACUGGCAGGACUGGUGGACAAACUGGAAAAGUGUGACAAAGAGAUUGAGCAAGUGCAGUCCCAGCUGGAGGAAUACAAGGACCCUCCUCUAUCUCUCAGCAGGCUCUCUCUGAAACAACAGAAGUUCAGGACGUUCAGAGAAACAGCCAAUGAGCUGCACAGUGAGACUUUGUCAGUGCUCAGCGAUUUGGAGGGCUGGUGCGAGCUGAACUGGGCUGGUCUCAGCAACAUCCAGAUCCGCCUUCCCCUUGUAAGGGAGAAGCUGAGAGACAUGUCCCACUGUCUGUCAGACUGCUGGACCACUCUGGACAACACACAGAGGCUCCUGUCCACAUUGACAGAGGCGACCCAGUGGUGCGAUGCAGUCUCUUCUACCCCCUCCUCACCCACUACCUCUUCUUCCACCUGCCCUCUUGCGUCCCUCCCUCCAAUCCCACCUUCUCGUUUCCAGGAUGCACGGUCCUUAGCCCUAGAACUUGGAGGCGGGGCACUCCUCGAUCUAUGGACCCAGACAGUAGAGCGCUACCAGCGGACUGUAGCACAAGUCAAACCCCGAUUACUCCACUCUGAAAGGACACAGAAUCAAAGCCAAGGGAAGCCCAAAAUGCCCUCCGGCAGCAACUUUUGGGACGUGGUGGGGCCUGACGGAGAGGGCGACUGGGGGUUUGGAGCUACAGGAGGGGAAGGGGGAUUACAGUCUUGGGGGUCCCUGGCGUCACUGUUCAGACCACAAACCUGCUCCACAUUGAAGAUAGGGGAGGAUAAAGGGAACAAGAAAGAAGGUACAGGGGGAGGAAAUGGAGGUGGAGCAGGAGGAGCUGGUGGAGGGAAUUUCCUGCAGAAUCUUCUGAAUCCUGUAAAGAAAAGUCCCACAGAGGCCCCGCUCCCUGCGAAGCCUCCCAGGAAGCGCCACCCCAGCUUUGACCUCCAGGCACUCCUGGCCCCCCGCAAAGGCGCCGCCACCCCAAAACCAGAGUCUCCCGUUGGUGGGACGAGCCGUAACUCGCCCAUGUCUUGGCUGGGGCGAAAGAAUUUAGCCGACCCUGUCGUUGCCACCAGCCUGGCUGCAGCUAUGCCUGGGUGGGGUGUUGGAGGAGGAGGUGGAGGAGGAGUGUUGAUCCGAGGUGUAGAGGUCAGCAGCAAAGAAGUGGUGGAUCACACAGGGUCGCCGCGGCAACACGUCCUGCUAGGGAGGACAGAGAGGGACAUGGGGGCAGACAGAACUGGGUCAACAGCACAGAGUAAACUGUACCUGCUCUGGUGUAGGAUGCUGAGCUCAGAGAGACAGUAUGUAGCUGUCCUGAAAGGAGUUGAAGAAACAUACCUCCCACUACUGGAGCUCUCUGACACCCAAGCAUCCAUCAGGGGGAAGGGAGAGUUGCUCUUCCCUAACUGGGGCAGCCUCAGUGCCUUUCACUCGCAGAAUCUGCUCCCUGCCAUGGAGGGAGCUCUUGUGCAGAGUUUGUUGCAGCAGGACUGCUUCAGCAAAUAUCGGGAGGAAUUUAUCCAGUAUUCCCACUACAUCCGCUCUAAACCAGACAUGGAUUCAAUGCUGGUCACACAGGCUGCUGAGUUUUUUAAGUCCAAACUCCCCCAGGCCUCCCCCCUCUCCCCCCUGUCUUUCCCUUACUGCCUGCAGGCUCCCAUUCAAAGGCUGGAGCAGUACUGCGAGGCCCUGGAGGAGUUGGGGGGGUUAAAUCUGGCCUCAGACUCCGCCCUCUCCGUUCUGAGACACGCCCAGAGGCACGGCGAGGACCUCAGGGCCAGUGACCUCAUCGUCGGUUGUCCGAUCUCAGUAGCAGAACGCGGUGACCUGGUGAGGCAGGGUGAGCUCACCGUGUGCGGGGGACCUCGGAGGAAACGAGCAGGUGUCAGGAAUGUCUUCCUCUACCAGUACGUCAUCAUCUUCACCAAGCAGAAGAGUCCGAGUCCGGGACGCACCAUCUACAGUUACAAGCACAGCAUCAAGACAGGUGAAAUGGGUCUGACUCAGAGUGUCGGUGAUGAGGGAGUGAAGUUUGAAAUCUGGGUCAGACAGGCUCCCCGGACCAGAGACUGCAUCACCCUUCAGGCCCAGGACAGGGAAGGAAGGGAGUCCUGGGCUCAUGACAUAGCCCAUCUGCUGUGGACACACGCCAUAAACAAUACAGAGUUGUGUCUGAAGGAGUCACUGUGCAUGGGAGUUUCCAGUAAGCUUCUGCUGGAUGCUACAGGAACUCCAGGUUCAGAGCUGGACUCUAUCUGCAGUCUCAGCGACAGAGUCCACAGUAGCUGCUCAGACUCUUCCUCUGUCGGCAGUCAGAAGGAGGGGGGAUCCCCGGCAUCUGGGAGGGACCCCAGGUCAAGCUCCGGAUCAACAAGCUAUUCACAGAGUCAUUCUCCCUCUACAGCUGUGUGACUGUCAUCUCAACAAGAGUGAGUUUCAUUAAGCGGAAACUGCACUCAGGACUUUUUUAAGGCUUCCAUCAUCUCUAACCAAACUCAAACUGGACUUCACCGACUCCAUCCAAACUUCUGCAAUAAACCAGCGCCCUCUCUUGUGCCCUUCAACCAACCUCCUCCGAGAGUGCAAACAAUGCCAGGGGAUUAGGCGCAGCUGACACCCCUCCGCAUCCAAACGGGAUCAAAAAUUGCCCCCUGUUUAAACCAUGACAAGCACCAGUGGGGCUCUCUAGCACUCCGCCAUUUUGGGUCUGCCAGUCUCCGCUGCUGGCAGAGUCAUCGACACCAAGGCACUUCAGCUGCACAGUGCGGCCAUUGUCUGCUCCGCAACUCCCCACUAGGCCAAACCACUUGGUCUGAACCACUGACUGGCUGACUGUACACAUCACAUGCUCUGGCAACGGAUAAUAAACAGGAAGUAAUAUGCAGGGUGUAAAUGUGGUGUGGGAUUGCAGAAUUUAGGAUGUAUUAUGUACUUUAUCACCCUCAUAAUACUGAAUGGAAGACUGUAUACUUUUUAUCUGGCCGGUGUUUUAUUUGUGUGUGUGGCUUGGGUUAGGUGGGAUUGGAUCUAUGUAAAUUAGGUAACAAGCACACUCACACAAAUACACACAAUGUCCCUCGACACAUGCAGUCACUCUUAUUGUUAUCAGACAGUGGAGCACUGUUCACAUUCACAUGUUCUCUCCCUCUCACACACACACACACACACACACACACACACACACACACACACACACACACACACAAACACACACAAACAAACAUUGCCCAGCUUAGAGCCUGGUACAGUGGCUAAAUGAGGCGAGCCUAUAUCUGAACACGUACAGAUGAUGAAGAAAAGUGGUUAGCAGAUUCAUAACUGUUGGAGUGUAUAAGCAAAUUAUAUUGCUUUUUAUGAACAGUAGUAAGAAUUUAAAGCAAUAAUUAUAUUUAGUCAUCUUUUAAGUGUGAUUAACAGUGCUGUGAAAUUUCUUUUUUUACCCCCAUUCAAAUUUCUUUUUUGUCACACUUAAUAUCAAAUGAAGUCUAAGAUCAGAUAAAUAUAACCUGAAUCCAUAUCAUAUUUUUCAGAUGAUUAUAGUGUGUUGAAUCCUGCAUUAAAUGAAAUACUGAACUGGAACAGAACCUGCUUGACAGCAUGAAGUAGGGGAUCCUAAAAGCCAAGAUGUCAUGUCAAGAACAAAAGGGAAAAAAGUUAUUGACAGCGAUCAGUCUGAAAUGGGUUACUAAGAUGUUUCUAAGACAUCGGGACUCCAAUGAACCAAAGAGAGAGCCAUUAUCCACAAAUGGAGAAAACAUGGAACAGUGAUGAGUGUUUCUAGGUUGGCCAGCCUGAGGAUCAAGGACUUCUCUAGGAGGACACAAAGCAAUACAGGAAAAUCAAAGGGACCGGAGGCCUCCCUUGUCAUUAAAGGGCAGUGUUCAUUUUUCAACAUAGAGAAAGUGACUGGAACUCACACAUGGAUGCCAUUGUUGCACAACACGUAAAGCCACAGGUGGAUACAAGGGAUCCAACAUUUGUACUGAAGCUAAAAGCUGACCUUUUGGGGGGGCUGUGUUCUUUUACGUUUGGGGUAAAAUUAGUACAACAUUUCAGAAAAAGAAGCUAAUACCUUGAGUUAUUGGUGAUGGUGGUGUGACUGCUGCUUCUUGACCUGGUUGAGUUGCUGUAACUGAAGGAAAAAUAUCUGUUCUCAAGCAGAAAAUCCUAAUGGAGAAUCCGGCCAUCAGUUUCUGACCAUAGGCUCAAGGAUAUGCAGCUGAACAGUGUAGCAUACCAGCAAGUCCAUGGCAGAAAAAAGAAAGUGGCCUAAUCAAAGCCCGGACUUAAAAACAAUUGUUUAGCUGUGACUUGAUCUAAACCAGGUAGCUCAUGCUGGAAAUAUGGUCCAAUUUGACAGCAUAAAAACUAUUUUGCAGAUUAGAGUGGGCCAAAAUACUUUAUAAGACUUCCUGCCAGCAAGGGUGGCACAGCCAGUUAUUAGCUUUUCACAUAGACCAGGCUUACUUUGAUAGAUGUUUUUUCCUUAAUAAAUGAAAUAAAUUGAAAACAAUUUUGUAAUUAAUUUGGUUUAUCUUUAUUCAGACUUGUCUGAUGAUCUGAAACAUUCAAGUGAGUCAAAAAUACGCUAAAACACAUCUGUAAGGGGGCAAAUACUUUUUCACAGCACUGUAUAUUAACAUCUUGGUGCCUUAAGAAUCUCCUUUAGUGUACUGAUAAGUAGUGAAACAGAAUUUUAAUGCUAUACCUUGUAUUGUAAGAUGCCAUAUUCUAUAUUCCAAAGGUAUAAAUGGGUGUCAGUGCAAUGUUUAUUUCUGUUUUAAACAAUAUCGACUAGUUUUGUUUUUCACAAAUUGUCUGCACUCUCCAUAAAAUGGAGGAAAGUGGAUGAUUACAUUUGCUUUAUUCUCUCUUUACAAGUUUUAUUCUUUCAGUUAGCAGACUUGAACAACAUCUGAACCUUUUUAAAGAGCAAUAUAACAAAUACGACUAAUGGCAGAUUUAUGUUUGAAGAAGGAAGUUUUUGCAGAGUGUACAAUUUCAGCUUUGUGGAUGAAUUUUGGGUUUUAUCCAAUGGCUUUCUAGAAGUUACAUAUGAAAGUAAUUAUGUCCAUACAGCAGAUUUGGAGGUUGAAGGAAGUAUUUAGCUUAUCUUUGCAUUGAAGCAGGAAAGCGUGAUGGCUAAGAUAACCACAUUUCAGCACAGCUAAACAUCUCUACAUACUGGGGAUAAAAAAAUACAGUGCAUGGUACAAAAAUUCAAAAUAGAAUAGCUUUUUACUGCUUUUUUAAAAAGCCACCCAUUUGUACAGUUCCUUGCAAAAGUAUUUCAACUCUUUCUAAAUUUGUCAGCUUCAGUGUAUUUUGGUUUAAUUUUAUGUGAUAAAGCAGCAUAAAGCAGUGCAUAAUGGAGAAGUAGUGGAGAAGAAAAAAGAAACAAGGUUUUUGAAUUUUUCAAAUAAAAAUCUGCAAAGUGUGGAGUGUCUUUGUAGUUGGCCUCCCUGAAACUUGAGACUGAAAUCUUUGUUCAUUCUUCUUUGCAUACACGCUCAUGCUCAGUCAGAUUCCCAAUUUGAUUUAGAGUCUGUACUUUGAUCGGUACGAUUCCAUUGUAGCUCAGAGUGAAUGUUUAAAGUUAUUGUCUGGCUGGAAGGUGAAUCUUUGUCCUACUCUUGGAUCUGUUGCAGCCUCGCUUAGGUCUUUAUCCAUGAUAAACAUGUAUUUAUUUAGCUUCCAAUCAGCUCUGACCCAUUUCCUGAUCUCUGCUGAAUAAAAACGUCCCCACAGCAUGAUUCCAACAACACCAUGUUUCACUGUGAGGAUGGUAUGUUGGGUUUCUGUAACAAAGCAUUUUACAUAUAGGCCAAGAAGUUCCAUUUUGGUCUAAUCAGACCAGAUGUUUGCAUUGUCCCCUACUAUAUUGUUCCCAACUUAUGGUGGAGGAACAUGCCUAUUUAAGUCUCGAUUUAAAGCUGUGACAUGCAGAUGCACACACGAGUGGCAAGGGGGAGGCAAUAUCAAAGAAACGUCAAAUAGAUUUUUUUUCUAAAUAACCGCGGAGAAGAAAAGAGAAAUCAACCUUGGUGGUUUAUGCCCUUGUACAGAUGCUCGUAUGGACCAAAACUAUAAUUUACCUGGCGUUUUAUGCCAGGUCAAUGGUGUCCAUUUCAAAUACAGCAUGUUCGUAGUCCUCCCCCUCCCCCAUUUACAAAUGAUGGAUUGGACAGACGUCCAUAAGAUGAUAAAAGCUUGGGAUAAGUAAACUUAGAGUUCAACCUCUUCACAAUAUUAUCCCUCACAUUUCAAGUGUCUCCUUGGUCUUUAUGACGCUGAAGUAUCAGAAUAAAGGGGGCUGAAUACAAAUUUAUGUCACACUUUUAAAGAUAUAUUGAUAAAAAAAUUUUUUGAAGUUUCCUCAAUUGCUUAAAUAUUCACUGCUCUGUGUUGGUAUGUCACAUUAUAUCCCAAUAAAGUACACUGAAGUUCGUGGUGUAAGGUGACAAAAUGUGGACAACUUAAAGGAUAUAUAAACAUUUGGAAGAGACUUGAGUUAAAGCUAACAACAGAUGCAAGGAAGUUGGAGAAUAAAGCUUAAGAUUUCAAUACUGCACACCUUGAUUUUUUAAUCAAGGUGACAUCAUUCAAGGCCUGAUCUGGCAGAAAUACAUGAAAUGACCAUGACCUCUAGGUGACCACCUAGUAAAGUGGAAGGACUUAUUGUGCUAAAAAUCUCUAAUGGUGCGUUAUAUAGCAACAAGGUUGUCCUUGGUUGACUGAAACAUGUAAAAAAUUCAUAGUCCCGUCAUAUCUUUCCAUCAGAGCAGCCUCUCAGAGAAGGAUGAAAAAAUUUUAAUUACUCAAUUAAUUCAGCCUUGCAUUGAUUCCACACCACUUUUACCUCCUCUUUCUUUGAAACUCGUAUUUUUUUUGCUCUAUUAAUUUCUGGAAUUGCUCAGUGGAAUUUCUUUAUGAAGCACAAAUGGAAAUAUGUGUUUAUCGUAGUCACUUGUUGGUAGUCAAGAAUAUUCCGACAGUGACCUUGAAGUGCUCCGGUUGAUACAGAUCUGAGACAUGUAGAGUGAGUUAUGGUUCUCCAACAACACCUACCAUAAAGCGAUCCUUAAGCUAAUCUAGAAAUCAUCCUUGAACUAAAUCAAAAUUGUACAAAGCAUUUGUGCUCAUUUUACUAAUCCCAUUUUACAAAUAAGGUCAGUUUGUUUAAACUAAUUGCUAAUCAAAGAGCAUUCAGAGGUGUAUUUUGAGGCCACAUGAGGCAUUUAUUCACUUAUUUGUUACCCUUGUCUAGAAUAUGGUUUGGAUCAGACGGUUAGAAAUGAAUCCUGCUCUCUCUGUGGUUUUAAUGCUAAAUUUAAGGCUAAUCUGUUAACGAGGUAGGGGUAAAACUUGUUAUGCAUUUUGAAAUUUUCACACUAUACAAAACUGUAGUUUGCGACUUAAAAAAAACAUUUUUUUUAAUAUAUAUAUUAUUCUAAUGAACAGAGAAGCUUCUUGCAUUAAUGCCACCAUGGACGAACCCCUCUUCUGCUGCCAUAAGCUAGUCUCCCCAUUCUUUACAGGCAGCAGGGGACACCAAGUCAACACACAGGAACACCAACUCACCAUUGACUGCAUUUGUAUAAAAGAAAUAGACAACUUUUUCAGAGCACAACUCCCACCCACUUUUUAAUGCCUCCCCGGACAACUGCCCAUAUCAAAAAAAUGGCUUUGCUUAUAACUGAGCGUCAAAUAUCUUGCAUCCAAACUGUUCAAAUCGACAGUGACACUAGCUCCAACUCUUUCUCAGUCUCAGAUCCAGGUAGAUUUUUACAGGCUUGUUUAGGUUGCUGUAUAUGUAGGACAUAUUCCAGGUAGUUGACAUCUAUGGACAUUAUGUGGUUAUAUAAAGUUGUUCAGCCCUUGCAUUUAUUUGGCCCAGAAAAAUACAGUGAAGGUGUGAAUUCUUUAGCCCAUAAAUGUAGUUUUAUUAGAAUUUUUAUAGAUAUUGAAUUUAUAACACCGAAUUUGUACCCUGUGCAAUUAUGUAUGUGAUUUUUUUAUUUUUUUACUUUAAAUUCGCCAGCAAAAAUCUCGCCUGCAAAAAUUUGCCUGCAAAUGUGUUGACCUACUGGUGAGCCAAGCAAUCAGCACUAAAAUGAGUUGAGCUAAAAAGUCCUGUCCAAAUUUUGCCUAAACAAACAUGCUAAAAGACAGGCUUGGUUAGUUCAUUUUACCAACCAUAACCACAUUUUAAUUACAUUUCAAAAUCAAAAUAUGUUUUGUUUUUUUAUAGACAUCUUUUCAAAUUUAACUACUCAAACACAUUUUUAUGUUCCUUAGACUGACGUCAUUGGUGUCUUUCUAUGUUCCACAACAUUUUGCUCAGGGCCUUUUCUUGGGCUAAUGGCUCAGGGUCAUUUAACUUCAAGUCACACUCAGAUAUUACCAUUUUACCUCAAGAUACUUACUAUUAUGUUUCUCUAUGCCACACCAUUCCCCUUAGAUGUGAAGUGUUUUUGAUUAAUUCUGGAGAUUAAUCUUAUAGAAAUAAAUCAAAUUAGAGUAAAAAUGUAUUUCAUUUAUCUGAAGAUUCCAAAGACCCGAAGCACACAUUAUUUUUUUGUUUGUUCGCUUUUUUUUACCAGAAACUUCCUGGGAAAAAAGACUAAAAAGUACAAAAGCUGUAAAUGGGUGAAACAAGGAGCAGCUGGAAUAACAUUACUUCAGUUAGCUUAUGUUAGCCAAAUGUGCUUCCAUACAUCACUUUAUAUGUACCACAUCUAAAAGCACAUAUUUUGAGCUUUUUAGAGUCCCAGGAAUACUUUUUUCAACCUACGUUGUGAUGUAGCUCUUUCUUUAAUAGGUACAUUUUUGAGCCAUUGCAAAACAAUUUCUCAGUUCCUCUUGUUAACACACUGCAACUUUGAAAAAUCUUAAAAUAUUCAUCAUCUUUGUGAAGCAAUUAUAACAAAAACAAUUAUGUUUUUUUUAUUUCAUAGUUCGCUAUUUUCAUAAACAACGUUACUUGCCGUCUUGUUCAGAGUUGCCUACAUGGAAAAACCACACCGAGUUAGCUAAUGCAGAUUUGAUGCUAACGUUUUGAAACAAAGGGAACUAACUAGCUAAGCAGCUACAGUGGGCAGUUUUUGUCCACUCAUAUUUGAAUGGACUAGAUGCUGAGCUAAUACUGCUCCUGGUUAUUGUGGUCAUAUGGUUUUCAACAGUAAAAAUAUGCAACUGAUAUUUUCAUAGCACAAAAACCCAUAUCACUACAAUGUCAAAAACUUUCCUUUAAGAGACCUCAAAACUACCGUAAGAAGGGAUAAAAAUAACUAUCACUUCCUUCUCUACUGUGCUUCAGUUCCUGUAGACCUAUUAAUAGCUGUUUGUUACACUGUGGAGUGCUUUUUACAUACUUGGAUAUGGAAAUUACAGGAAUAGACGGAUGCAUAGAAUUUACAAAAUGUAGCUAAUAUUUUAAACAGAUCCAAUGUAAUUAAAAAAGAUGCAUUGUUAAAAAAAUGUCAUGUUUUAGGUACAGUGGUACAGUUACAGGAUGCAGGGGAGUUUGUGGCUGGUAUGACGUUUCAUAUAUGCAUCCGAAUUCAAAAGUUGCAAAUGGCUAUUGAGCCGUUUCUGAAUCAAUAUGUAAUUUCUUGCCUUGAAGAAGUCGGCACACUUCGCAGCCUUUAGCUCUUUGGUACAUUGCAAUAUAUUGGAAGCGAUGCAAUAAACACCAUCAUUCAUUUAUACUGGGGCAUACAUUGUCUUUUGCAGAAACCUCUCACUUUUGUGAACAGUAUUAUUGCAAUGACACUUUUUUUCUCGCUUUUGUUGGAUGACAAACUCUGCCAGAUGUUUACAUGUUUUUAUAAGCAAAGUGGAAUGUUGGAAAUGCAUGUUUCGUUUACUUUAUGGUCGUCCUUUUGUACUUUUCUGUGACGAAUAAAAAGUGGGCUCUGAAUUUAAAGCGCA